GCACGGAACUGUUUCACCUGGACCAAGAUUCACACCCAGGACCGGGACCGGGACCUGCAGGAUCCGUGUUUGGGCUGCGGGCUCCCGUCAUGCUGGGCGCGGUGAAGAUGGAAGGACACGAGGCUCCGGACUGGAGCGGAUUCUACAGCGAGGAGGUAUACUCUCCAAUGGCAGGUGGUGGAAUGGGUUCUGGCCUCGGAAUGGGCUCCAUGUCGGGCUACAUGUCCAGCAGUGGAACCACAUCGGGCUCCUUCAACAUGUCGUACAGCGGGACUGGUUUGAGUCCUGCCCCAGUGGCAGGGAUGGGCGGUUCGGCUCCUGCAGCCAUGUCGGGUCUGGGGGGGGGAGUGGGCUCGAUGAGUGGAACCCUGAGCCCAUCCAGUAUGAGCUCACAGCAAGCCUCAAUGGGCCUAAAUCCAUACGGGGCCAUGAGUCCCACAAUGACCAAUGGCAUGGCGUAUAGCAGUAGUGGACUGAACCGUGGUCGCGACAAUAAGGCCUUCAGACGGAGCUACCCACAUGCCAAACCACCCUACUCAUACAUCUCACUCAUCACUAUGGCCAUCCAGCAGGCACCCAGUAAGAUGCUGACUCUGAGUGAGAUCUACCAGUGGAUCAUGGACCUGUUCCCAUACUACCGUCAGAACCAACAGCGAUGGCAGAACUCCAUCCGGCACUCACUGUCCUUCAAUGACUGCUUCGUUAAGGUGUCACGCUCACCGGACAAACCAGGGAAGGGCUCGUAUUGGACCCUCCACCCAGACUCUGGGAACAUGUUCGAGAAUGGCUGCUACCUUCGCCGCCAGAAGAGGUUCAAGUGCGAGAAGAAGAUAUCUGCAAAAUCAGAUGGGCGGAAAGAGCUGGGGGGGUCAGGUGGUGUUAUAGAACAAGCCUCUCCUGCAGGGGACUCCAUUAAACCUCCUGGACUCCUGGACUCCUCCCUGCCCUCCUCCAGCCAGGUGACUUCGCCUCCAGGUCUGGACAUGCGGGGUGGCAUCAGCGGAGCAGACAUAAAGGUGUCUGGCUCUCAGCUCCUUUCCUCCCUGUCAUUGCCCCCUCACUCCAUGACCAAUGAGUCCCAGCUGCACCUCAAAGGAGACCCCCACUACUCAUUCAACCACCCAUUCUCCAUCAACAACUUAAUGUCAUCCUCAGAGCAGCAACACAAACUGGAUCUGAAAGCCUAUGAGGCGCUGCAGUACUCCUCCUACAGUGCUGGGGGGGCGUCUGGCCUCGGGGGGAGGACCAUGGAACCUCUGGAGGCUUCUUACUACCAGGGGGUCUAUCCCAGACCGCUCCUCAACACUUCAUAGUAUCUGCUGCACCUGCUGAUUUGACUCUCUGCAUGCAGCCAUCCUGGACUUCCUGUCUGACUGCGAUGAUGCUGAACUCGGUCCACUCUGCUGAUGCUGGUUGGCUGAUUUUUGAACUACUGCACUGUGACUAUGCCAGGACACGGACAUGUUAACUGUCACCUGAUUAAACUGAUACCUGGUCUGUUUUCUCCUUUUACACACUGAGUCACAAACUGCUGAAGGUUCAGGAUACUAACAAAAGCUGAUUUACUUUAAACCUCCAGCACAUUAUCCUCCGGUCCGACCCAGAUCCUCAGUUCAUGCAAUUCAGGAGCUUUGUUCAUGUCUGUUGAUUCUGCAGUUCAUAAUCACAACCAGACCCUCUAUUGGUCACAAGGCUCAAGAGAUAUUACCUAUGAUCAAAAAGAUUUCAGUGACACAAAUUGCGUAAAUUUUUUUAUCAGGUACUUUUUGUGACACACAGGAUAGUUUUUAGGUGAAUCACUCAAAGAAGGGUUGGCGUUAACUGGAAUGCUAACCUCAGGAAACACUGCCAUUAGGAUUAGAGUAAACCAAGGCCUCAUCCACUUUGUGGGAACCGACACCGACUUUGAUCCAGUUUGUUUUUUUGUCCUGUCGAAGGUUUUAUUCAGAAGGUUUGGGUUUUGCGCCUUGGCGAGCAAAAGAUCAGAGGUUGCUUGGUGAUGGCAAUGACAUGGUUGCCAUGUUGACACUGAUGAAGCUGCAGAUGUUUACAGAAACAAAUCUGGAUUAUAAAGAUGCUAACUGAUGUAUUUAAUCAGAUAUGAGGAGGACUUAUUUCUCCCACGACCUUGUCUGCUACUCGGCUGACCUCCUGGCGGGUUGCGACCUUUGGAGUGAGAAACCUCAGCACAGAUAAAAAAGCUUUUCAUUUAAAGGGUCAUUUCACCCAAACGAUUCAAACACAGAUUCGCCUGCCUCUCUGAAUGUUGUCGUCUGUUACCGGGCAGAUUUAUUCAAGUGUUUGAUCUUUUCUGGUUUCAGUCUGCUUCUACCAGAUUAGAGAAAAAUUGUUUGGGCUUUUUGGAUGAAACAAAACUUUUAUUAUAGUCAAAUCAACAUUUAUUAAUUAAAUGUCAAAGAAUUAAAUACAAAUUAGGAAUUAAUUCAGGUGUGCAGUGAAAACACAAUGUAAGAUCAGCUUCAUAAGGUGAAUCAAUCACUAAUCAUUUAUCAAUUUUAGUUAUUGAUAAAUGUUGGUUAGUUAAUUA